UGGCAUUGUUAAUCGAAUCAAACACAUUUAUUUUUGCACCUUCCGAUCUCAUGGUUUUUCAUGCAUUUGAAUAUAUACCAAGUAAAUUAAGUCGUACAUAUGCAAAAUAAGAUCCCGGGGUCACAAAGAUGCACAAAAAUGUCGCAUCAGUUUCAGUUGGCUCGUCAAUCUUGCAGAGAUCGUUUGAUUAUAAAACGAAAUACAGAUAAAAAUGCGGCGAAAUUUGAGAAUAAUAGUGAUAAAUUUAAAUUGGUUAUUAUUUCUGGGUGUUAAUUUAUUCAACGGGGUGGAUUGCAGAAGCAUCACCAAUUCGGAUUCAAGACAGGAUUUGGGACAAGUCGUGCCAAUUUUAACUCCAGCCGCGGAAAUUGCCACCGCCGCCGUCGCCAGUGCGGACAGUUACCUUCCGGACCUCGGUUUCUGGGCGGAUGUGGGGUCCUUGAUGCUGUCCGGGUCGUCCCUCUCCCCCAUGGCAAGACUCUCCCGGGACGUCUUUGAGAGCCAGGAAUGCGCAGAGUAUGUCUCCUGCCAAGUGUCGCGAUUGUCCAGGAUGCAUUCGCCACUCCAAUUUAUGCAUACAUUUCUGCAGGAUCUCCCAUUCCGCGGAGAUUUGGCCGACCGGUUGAAAAUGGGGUCAUCAAAAUCAAUCCGUGGCGACCAAAAGUGUGGCUUCGACUGCAGUCCGUUACAAUAUUUGAACCGUGGCGUGAAAACGUUAUCCCUCCUGCACGCCGUCACCAGAGCGGCCAACCCUCGCAUCGACCUCAGAGAUUUAUAGUUAAUUAAUCAAUUAAUUAAAUAUUUAAUUAAUUAGGUAAUUAAUUAGGUAAGUAAUUAAUUAAAUAAAUCCUUAAUUAAGGACUCUGUAAAAAUCACGUGGUCAAUUUGAGCGGGUCGGGGUCAUUUAGGGGUUAUCUUGUCAUUGUAGUUUUUUUACUUAUCAAUUUCUUAUACUUAAACCGAUAUGAGAUGAAAUAAACACUUAUUUUAACUUUAUAGUGGACUUCGAGAAAUUCAAAAUCCAGAAAUUUUUAGAAAUUUAAGAAUUGUAAAACGCCAACACCGUCGCCAACAUCUUCAAAAAAACGUCGAUAUUUACUUAAUUUGCAAUAUUGCAUUUGUGGCGUGGAAAUCAUGCUAUUUUUAUGCAUUGGUGGAAGUUCAGAAAUCCGAAAUUCGCAAGUUUUUAGAAAUUUUAUAAUUUUUAUAAAUUGUAAAGUGCAGCGCAUCCGUCAUCCAUCGAUAAAAUCGCUAAAAUCUACGAAAAAUAUAAUUGGUUAUUUAAUUUUCCAAUAUUCCAUUUACGUCGUGGAACGUAAACGAUUAUUAAUUAAUUCCUAUACUUAAAUAAAAAUGAGAUGAAAUCAACACUAUAUUUUUAACCUUAUAAUCGUAUGGUGAAAUUUCAUAAAUUCGGAAACUUUAGAAUUAUUGGGAACACGAGCAUCAACCUACAAAAGGAGACUUAACUAUUUAAUUUUAUAAUAUUCCAUUUGUGUCGUGGAAAUCAUACUCGACCUGACUAAUUUUAACUUUAUCGUGGAAUUUCAGAAAUUCAAGUUCAAAAAUUUUCAUAAAAUUUUCAUAAAAUUUUCCAAAAAUCCCAUUAUAAAUACAUAAAUACCUCAAGUCUAGAAAAGUAUGUUGGCUAUUUAAUUUUCCAAUUUAAUUUUGCAAUAUUCCAAUUCUAUGUAAUUCCAAAUAGAAAUUUCCAAUUCUAUUUCAUGCAAUUUUUACCAAUUUGGUCGAACAGUGUACACAUUUCAUAAUCGUGACAAUACAAAUAUGCAAAUUAAGUACUAAUGGUUAUCGCUAAUUAAUUUUAUUUUACUAAUUUUAAUGUCUGUUUUUCGUGUAAUGUUAAAAUUUACCCAUCUUAAUUAUAAAAUGGGUUACACAUACGUAUUUAAGUCACACCAGGGGUCAAAAUUAUCCCCUCUAAAUCGAUACCACCCUUUACGUACGGCCCCUUAACAAACAAAUUAACAAUGUCACUAGGAAAUGUUGAUGUUUACCUUCUAGGAAUUAUUCUCAAAAAUAAAACCCUGCCAUUUUAUCAGUCGCAAUAAAUAAAUAAUAAACUUGACCAACGUA